UGAUUUACAGAAUUAUACAAAAACAUUAUCUCAAAAUAAGUGUGAGAAAACAUGUGUAGUUAUACUUCAUGGCAGAGGUGAGAGUAUAACAGAUGGAUUGGCCCAUAAAUUUGCCGAAAACUUGAGGACAGUAUUACAAACCAAACAACUAAACAACUCUUAUGAAGUAAUAGAGGUUGGACUCAGUGAUGAUACUAAACAAGACUACAAGUGGUCAUCAUUUAAACCAUUGGAUUUUCAAAUGGAUAUGUUAUGUGCAUACAUACAAAAUAAUACAUUAAAACAAUUGGAAAAUAGUUGUAGUCGUAUACAAUUGAUAGGGUGUUCACAGGGGGCUCUACUUUUAAGAUCAUUGUUAUGGAACAGUUGUCUCGAUUCAGUUGUCCAUAAAUUAGAUAAACUAAUUACAUUUGGCGGACCAAACAAUGGCAUAUAUGGACUACCAAGUUGUAAGCAACUGAAUUUGGAUAGUCGUCUAAUAAUGAUUGGAUGCAAUUUACUGCAUCAGUCCAUUGAAUUAACGGGUCCCUCAGUGUUAGACAUUUUCAUCUACGGUCUAUGGGAUGUGUUGUCAUUUUCUUCUUACUGGAACUCUCCGGAAAACUCCUUUGAAAAGCUAACAUUUCUGUCAAAUAUUAAUAAUGAACACUCAAAUCAACGCAAACAUAAGUAUUUGUACGAAAAACUUAAAGGAUUGGUAUUAAUAUCGUUUGAAAAAGAAGAUAUUGUUUUGCCAUCCAUUAGCACAUCAUUUGGUUAUUGGAAUUCUUUUGGUGAUAAACUGAUCCCUUUUAAUGAAACAAAACUAUAUAUUAAUGAUUGGAUUGUUUAA